CCGGGGCGCGGAUAAAAGCGUUUGAGCUUGAAGUGCGAGUCACAGUUUCACUCUCAAGAUGCCUAUAGCGGCUGGUUUGUCACUGCUCCUCUGCCUCUUGUUAAUCUCCAGCUGCAGCCAGACGGCAGCCAGCACUCUGUGGGGUGUUGACCAACUGGGCGCCUACUUCAGUGGCAUCUUUCGGUCCGUUGUGGGUCCCCUCUUCGGCUUUGGGCCAACAGCGAACAACACCGCCUCGUCCUUCUAAAGCUAGAUUCAGUGCCUGCUUACCGCACCAGUCCGAAGGGCACCGGCAGCUUCUCCACCACGUCCACCACACAGUCGCUCAGUUGCUUUA